CGGCCCAGUGACGGGGAAAUGUCUAAUCGCUCUGCUCCAGCCUCCAGCCGCAAACCCCAGUUCGUAUCACCCGGGCCUCGUCGUAUCAGCAUCACCACCAUCUCCAAUCUCCAAUCUCCAAUCUCCAAUCUCCAAUCUCCAUCACCACCCUCGACCGUCAUCGUCAACAGCUUCACCACUAUCACUAUCAUCUCAACCAUCAACUACCAUCAUCUCACUCCGCCAUCACCAUGCAAGCCUUUUCUACCUCUUUCACACCUGGUCGUGUGCCCAAUGCCCGUCUAUAGUAAAAGAUUAUUAAACCGUCCCGAAUUAGUGGUGCUCGACCUCAUAUAGAAUCCCCCCAUCUCCCAUACCCUUCUCUCUCCUCCUCCUCCACCGUAGGGCGGAGAAUACAUCCUCCCCCCUCCUCGAUCAUGUCAAAUUCCUUCGAAAUGGGCCCCGUCGACGUCAAGUCAGUCGAUUCGGUGCGCGGAUCGAGCGUGCGCGGGCGCACCGACUCCCCUCCUUUCCUGGCCGACGAAGCCGUCAUGAAUAGGAUGGGAGCCACCCAGGAAUUGCGUGUAAGGAUUGAACCCCUCCGCCGCCAUCA